AUGGAUGCCAGCUCGACGAUUGCUGUUCAGCUGGGACCCACACAGGCACACCCAGGCACCACGAUGUCCCCCGUUAGAAUUCCCGUUAUCCUUGCUCCCUUGGCACACUAUGGAUCGCCUGUGGCUGGGAAAACGCAAGGAGUUAGAAUAAAUGAUGACGAUGAUGAUGAUGAUGAUGAUGAUGAUGAUGAUGAUGAUGAUGAUGAUAGAGUUGGUGUUGGUGCUGGUGCUGGUGAUGAGGCAUUCUAG